AUGUCGUUUCUAGCUGACAUACAAGCAAGUCUGACGCGUUAUGGAAUGAGCACUUAUUUAGUCUUUGGAAAUUUUGGUAAUAUCAUUAAUGUAUUUGUUUUUUAUCGAAAAGAAUAUCGGAAAAAUUCUUGUUCACGUUACCUUCUCAUCGCUUCGUUUAUCAACAUCUUUAUUAUUAAUUAUGGAAUGAUUCCAACGCUUUAUUCUCUUGAUCAUCCCAAUCCGGAAUUGUAUCUGUUAGCAUUUUGUAAAUUACGCUUGUAUCUUCUACAUUCGGCUCUGAUGAUCAGUCGAUCCUUGGUAGUUUUCGCUUGUCUAGAUCGUUGUGCAUUGAGUUGUACAUCUCUAUACAUUCGAUCAUAUUGUCAAGUAAAAGUAGCAGUUCGUGUCAUUGCUUGUGUGAUCAUAACAUGGCCAAUCAUAUCUUUACAUAUUCCAAUUCUAUUAACAAUUCAAUCAGGACGAUGCAGUACCUUUGGUACGUACAGUUUCGUUUACAGUAUUUAUUCUUUUCUUGUUGCUGGCACUCUUCCUCCAAUACUGAUGAUCAUCUUUGGAUUGAAAACAAUGCGUAACUUACGUCUAAUUCAUAAUCGAGUCCGAACAAAUGAUGAUGUUACCUAUGUGCGUAUCCGUCGAAGAGAUUUUAGUCUGAUGAUUAUGUUACUAUGGGAAGUAAUUGUUUAUAUUUUCUCAACAACGCCAUAUCCGAUUCAAACACUUUAUUUAACCGUAACGUCGAAUCUUGCAAAAACAACGUUGCGUCUUCAAAUCGAAUCAUUUAUUACCUAUAUGGCUUAUUCGUUUCUUAUUUAUAUCAAUAGUGCUUCGACAUUUUAUGUCUAUUUUUGUACAUCACGAAACUUUCGGAAGGAAUGUCGACGGUUAUUCCAGCGAAAAAAUGAGCGUACAUCAAUAUUAACACGAAAUGUACCGAUUAAUCGUAUAGCCAAUACAAUACCUCAUUCAUAG